CAGUCACACCGCAAAAUCGGGGGUAACGCGUGGUGCCUACCGCCGCAACUGUUACAUAAUGGCCGAAACCGUUACGUAACACCGCAUUUUUAAACCUUGCUUCUAUGCUAGUGUACAAUUUUUCCAUCACAUAGACAAUUUUUUUGUAUUGAGUUAGACCCCCACCUCCUCAUCCUAACUUUGCCUAUACAAGGAGCCAUCAAUCCCUCACUCCAAUUUGCCAAAAAUCUCACAAAAAUGGGUGUUAAAGUCACCAUAGUCACAAGUCUUUCUGUCCAUUGCCGCAUUGCUAAAAUCUUCCUAACCCUAGAAGGAUUUACCUUCUUCAAUGACUACGAUGAUGGAUUCAAAGAUGGUGAUGACCACGAACACUUUAGGUCCGAGUUCAAGAAACAUGCUUCACUAGCAAUUUCAGAACUCAUCACUACUAGUGCCAAGGAAGGCCGCCCUGUUACAUGUUUGGUCUACACCAUGUUUCAAUCAUGGGCAACCGAAGUGGCACGUGAUGUUCACAUCCCAUCGGUGUUUGUUUGGACUCAAGCAGCCGUUGUUUUCACCGUCUAUUAUUAUUCUGUAAAUGGUUAUGGUGAUAGGAUUAGACGAAUUGACAAUGACCCUUCAUGCCCCAUCAAAUUGCCAAGACUGCCACAACUCACUAGCCAUAACCUUUCCCUUUUUCUGCUCCCUUAA